AAUAUUAUUCCUCAAUAGCGAACGACACUCACAGACCCACACAGAAAUCUCCUUUCCAUUCCUCUCCUCGCAUAAGAGAAAUAUAGAACGCGUUAUUUACAGAAAUGAUAUAAUAGGAUACCAAUAUCACUUCACUUCCAAAUCCAAAUGUACUGCGUCACACACACAAACACACAUAUAUAUGUAUAUGUAAAUAUGUGUGUAUAUAUGUAUCACGCGAACACAUGAUCGGUAUGUAUAAUUGAAUUGAAUUUUUGUUUCAUACAGAAUUCGAAGUAAUGGCGAUUUCUGGUACAGAUUCGGAAUUACAUGUUGUGAAAGCGAGUCCUCAAAUUGAAGUAGAGUCGGUGAAAUGCGAAUCGUGUGGAUUCACAGAGGAAUGCACUUUGGCCUACAUAUCGCGGAUUCGAGAAAGAUAUAAUGGAAGGUGGAUUUGUGGAUUGUGUGUUGAGGCAGUGAAAGAUGAGGUUUUGAGAUCAGAUAGGCUGAUAACUACAGAGGAAGCUCUUGAUAGGCACAUCGAUUUCUGCAACAACUUUCGAUCUUCGAGUCCGAAUUCCAGUGCUAUGGAGCAUCCGAUCUUCGCCAUGGGACGCCUUCUCAGGAGAAGUUUGGAUUCUCCGAGGGCUCUCCGAUCGACGCCGAGUAGUCCUCGUCGGGACCUUCGUCGUCCGACCUCACUGCUUCGAUCGGAAAGUUGCUUCUCUUCUCUGUCUCGGUGAUCACCAUUGCAAAAUUCAUAGGUGGACCAGUUGUAUAAAAUGACAUGUUUAGUGGGUGCCUAAACUAGUGAAAAACUGAAUACAGAGGCAAAAAACAAUAAAUGGUGACAAAGAAUGAAGUCGAUGGAAAGGUUUUUCUGAAAAGAAAGAUAGCAGUGAAGAGGAUGCUAAAAAGAUUUAUACCCAGCACACUGCUUUUGUUCAUACGUAUACUAUAUAUAUAUAUAUAUAUAUAUAUAUACUCGACAAAUCUUAGUGUCUCACAUGUAGUUUGAUACGGUCAUGACUGUUUUUAUUGGUUGUUGAAUGGGGAAGGAGAGAUAUAUUUAAAACCAUGUCAUGACAGACUUUGUCUGUCCUAACCAAUUUACUAUUAGUACAUGAAUUCCAAUGGAGCUUGAAUCAGACAA